AAGACGACGCCAGCGCACCCACCCUUUCCACUCCUGCACCACAGCACCGGACAGGUCGCGCGUCUGCUUCCCCAACUUGGCUAGGCUGCUUUGACCACGGGCAAAUCACGGGCCUGGGAAUCCUCGAGCACCUCUCUCUAAGCGCCCAGGGCUGCAGGUGGCCGCAUCCAACCUUGCCCAGUCUGCCCUCUGGCUCGUCGAGAAGCCUUCGGGAGCCGUCUGUGCCUCCCGGUCAUCCCUGCCGAACCCAGCAGCUGGUUCUGGUCUCGGUAUUGCCCGAGGAGCCUUACUGUGACUGCUCCUCCUGCCCCUGCUGCUGCUGCUGCUGCUACUCCUGUUCGGUUCUUGUGACGGGAGCCUUGCCUGUCCUGACGAGACAUAUCGGUACCCCACGCCCCUCCUCCUGGGCAUCAAGAUAAGCCAUCUCGGAUAGGUUCGCAGGCAGAACACGCCUCUUGGCCUGGCCUCCUCAUGCAGACAUGACCGCCGCCGUCGCGUCCAGCUUCAAGGCCCGCAGGCGCCAGGUGUGGACCUCUGUCUUCCCAGAAGUCUCGCAGCCCACGCCCCAGGCACCCACCGCUGCCGUCUUCCCUGACCAGAACCAGCGGUCUGGGGCGUUUCAGCCAUCGCCAGCUUCGGGUUCGUCCCUGCAACCGCCGCGGCCCACCAACGCCGCUGAUGUGCAGCAGCGCCGCUCGCCGGCCACCAGGAGCGGCGGUAGCAGCAGCCUCAAAAGCCCCCCAGGCCAACACGGCGUCCUAUCACCGCCUCCCGUGGGCCUGGGCCUAGGUCUGGGGCUCGCGGGCCUGGGGUCGCCAGACCGCCACCAGCAGUCCAUCCCAAGGCCCGUGCCAGACCCUCUCCACCACCAGCACAUGGUCAGCCAACCCCGUAGCGCGGCCGACGACCAGAUCGCGUUCGAUCGGGCGUGGCACGUAGUGACAUCGCGAGUCGCGCUUCCCUCAGCUGCAUCCGCCGAGGACUCUUUCGGUACGCUGCCCUCCAUGUCACGACUCGAGUCCCAGGACGCCACGUCCGAGUUCGAGUUUCAAGAGGCGCUCCGGACCGUGCUAGAGGCAAAGACGCUGCUGCCACGGGCCUCCCACACGGAGGAUGUGUUGGCGUGGCACACGCAGCAGGUCCGCCAGCAUUUUGCCCAGCACGUGAUGCCCCUGCUGUCGGCCUGCGCCGCCGGCCCCGCCUUGGCAUCCUCCGGUCUUGCCACGGCUGCCGGAGCCAGGCGGACAGCCGGGGCCGGCCCCACCGCCGCCAGCAUCUUCGAGCAGCACCUGGUAGCCGUCAUGAAUAGUAUCCGGACGCUAGACGGUGCGUUCAGGCAGUAUGACUAUGGCCUUUCCCUCAUCCUCCGUGGUUACCAUCAGAAGGGCGUGCGCCAGGCAGAGGAGGACGACACCAUGGACGUGGAAAUGCAGGACCCGCCCGCAACGUCUGUCGAGUCGCUUGCCAAGAGCUUCAGAAAGGACGUCCGCUCGCUGGUAGGGAACUCGGCGCCCCCGGAGCUUAUGCUGUCGGUCCGUGCAGUUCUCGUUGCCCUCGUCAGCCGGAUCCUGGGAUUCCCUGGGCUGCAGGCUGCAGCUGGCGAUGCGAAAGCAUCGAAGCCGUCGGGCUCUGGACCCGGCAGGCCGGGAAAGCCCCCUGCGACACCCCUCUCAGCUGCCGGCACCGUCCGCCCAGCUCCUCCCAGCGACGAGGAUGCCCGGGUCAUCGCGGCGAGACAGCGGCUGCAUGAGCUUGUCGGGGCCCUCGCCGACGUUGGCCUGGCUGGCGAGCGGACGCAGGUUCUCUUCGCCGAGAUAAUGGACAAGCUGAUGUCUGACUUUGUCCACGGGGCGUACGCUGGCACGUGGGAAUCCGAGGACCAAACAGCAGUGGCCGAUCCCACCAGGACGCCCUUGACGGCAAGGCGCGCCGGGCUUCGAUCAGCAGCAUCCAAGCUGGCAAACAAGCAGCAGUCUUGCAGCUCGACCCUAUGCCAGUGGGUUGAGAACCAUUUUUCACGCCUUGCUUUUGAGGUUCUGCGCCUGAUUUCGGUUGACGACGAGGCGGGCACUCGAGCCGUGUCAUUCACCGAUGUCACCAAGUGGAAGGACAUUGCCCUCGGCCGCCUGGCUACCCUGCGCGUGUCGGAGCUGUUCGAUAUUGUGUUACACUGGCCAAAGAGCAAAAGCGGGCUGGAAGACCUGCGAGCGAGCGUGGCUACGCCUCAGCGGCGACUGCAGCUCACAGACGCCUUCUCGGCGGCUCUUCAGGCACGCCUGCUGCACUCUUCCCGCUCCACGGUAGAGAUACUACAAGUUUACAUCGCCAUGAUUCGAACGUUUCACGCGCUGGACCAUUCCAAGGUCCUGCUCAGCCGGGUGGUCCCGUCCCUCCAGCUGUAUCUCUGCCAGCGCGAAGAUGCGAUACGCCUCGUGGUCACAGGCCUCCUGGCGAACCCCGACGAGGUGGAGCAGAAUGAGGCGGGGGCCAAGCCCUCUGAGGAUGCCAUGUUCCCCAAGGACACAAACGUUAUUGCCGGGCCAAGGGGCAAGAAGUGCCUCACCGAGCUAGCGGUGCUACUAAACGACCCCGCGCAGCAGCGGCGGCAGGCGACCGAGGACGAUGACGUGGACUGGAACGACAUGGACUGGCUGCCAGACCCGGUGGACGCGGGAGCCAACUACAAGCGGCCCAAGUCGGAGGACGUCAUCGGGACGCUCAUCAGCGCUCUGGGCGCCGAGGACGUCUUCAUCAAGGAGUUCCAGAACACCAUCGCCGAGCGGCUGCUCUCGUCACAGAGUCGGUUCGACCAGGAGAUCAAGGUGCUUCAGUUGCUCAAGAAGCGGUUCGGCGAGGCGGCACUACAGAGCUGCGAUGUCAUGAUCCGCGACGUCAGGGAGUCGGGCCGCCUCGACCCCUACAUCCGACGUGCACAGUUUGUAGCCCAGUUCAGGACGCCGCGGGGAGGUGAAGACGAGACGGAGGAGCGAGACACAAAGUACACGGCCAAGAUCCUCUCGCGUCUCUUCUGGCCCGACAUGGAGCCAGACGCAUUUGUGCUCCCGCCGCCCGUGGCGGACAAGCAGAAGGAGUACGAGGAAGGAUACGAGCGGGCAAAGUCGUCGCGGCGCCUCACGUGGCUCAACAACUACGGGCAGGCUACGGUCGAGCUGGAGUUUGGCGACCGCACCGUGUCGGUCCAGUGCAAGACGUACGAGGCCGCCGUCAUCUACGCGUUCCAGGACGAGGAUGGGGAGGAGGAAGGGGGCAGUGUCCGGAAGUCGUUUGACGAAAUCUGGCCCCAGCUCCAGAUGGACGAGGACCUUUUACGGGAGGCGCUCGAGUUCUGGACCGUACAGGGGGUUCUUCGCCGGGUCGGCGGGGACACGUACACGGUGGUGGAGUCGUUGCAGGUCGAGCAGGAGACGGGCGCCGACGACGACGACGACGACGACGACAACAACAACGCGGACGAGCCCGAGGCGCAGGCCGGAGGCGGCAGGUCAGGCGCCGGUGGGGCCGGCAGCAGCGCCGUGUCCAAGCAGCGGCAACAGCAGGAGACGGUGCAUUGGCAGUACAUCGUGGGCAUGCUGACCAACUCGGCGGCGUCGAUGCCGACGACCCAGAUCGCCAUGAUGAUGCGCAUGAUGAUGCCCGGCGGUCUCCCUUGGAGCAACGAGGAGCUGCAAGAUUUUCUGGGCGCCAAGGUUGCGGCUGGCGAUCUCGAGGUCGUCGGGGGCAAGUACCGGCUCGUCAAGAAGUAAGCCCGUCCAUAACGACCACAUGAUAUGGCGGAGGCUUGAUAUUCAGAUACCCAUCCAUUUUCCAACACAUUCCUUCAGUUCAGCAUUGUUCCCCGUGGCGUUUGCGUCCCACCCAGCAGCAGCAUCACAUGAACACCUGUUCCACAUCCUCAUCGCCCCGAUAGCACGGUCUCGGUCUGUUCUGUUCUAGGGACGCCACCAAGCAGCCCCGCGCGCGCCCGAGCACCGCUGAUGGGCCAAGGUUGGGACGGGCUGCAGGCCAGCAGGCAAGCAAACGGCAAAAGCAAGGGAGAUGACAGGCUGUGCUGGAAGGUCGUGGAAACGUGGCGGCGGCGGCAGGCAAAUGGCAAAUGGCAAAUGGCAAAGCGACGCAGAGCCCUGUCAUUAGGAGGAGAGGAGAGAGGGGUUACAUACUACGAGACGAGAGAGGGCCCGGGCCCUUGCGAGGCUGGGGUUCGGGUUCGUGCGGAACGCCGGGCCUGGGGGUUUUUUUUUGUUUCCCCGCCGCUUAGUAGUUUGUCUCAACAAACCCAAGUGAUGUGGCGGUGAGGAGUCACGCGAUUUUUUUGGGGGGACACUUGUGAGUGACGUCGUCGAGACGGGGUGGAAGACUGAGAGAGAAGAAAAUUAAUAAAGAAAAGAAAAGAAAAAAGAAAAUGAGACUUCAAGGCGA